UUUUUGUUUGUUUGUUUGUUUGUUUUUGUUUUUUUGGUUCUCCGUGUUAUAAACCAUUUUAUUUGGUAGAGGACAUUUAGUUAGCUUGUGAAAUGUGAUCAGGUAAUUACAGAAAGGACAGCAACAUUCAUAAACAUUCUUCAACCCGUCUGCCUAAUUCUUGUUUGUUUGUUUUAGUUUCCGUUUGCAAACAGCGAUAAAUAAACAAUGUACAACACUGCUGUGUUCUAUUCAGGCAGAGUGAAGGCAGCCUCUGAUUGCAAGCGAGGCCCUUGUUUUUCGAGCUGGGUGUGUUGAUAGCAGUAUUGAGGGAGGUUGUCAGUUUGCGGGAAUUUCCACUGUGCCAGCUGAUGAUGACCGAGGAGAGAAUUGCUGAAGCUGGAUUAGACGAGAGGGCAGCGCUAUCAGAGUGAGACUCAUAACCACAAGAAGAGAAACCUCGCAGUGGAUGCUGCACGGAGAAUGCGAUAUUCGUCACAGAAUUUAGCUUCCAAGGAGUGCCAAGCAGACCGGCAGCUAUACAGACUGGGUUACGGUACUGAAAACUUGUUAGUGUGGAAAAAAAUAAAUAAAACGGGAUCUAAAAAUUUAGGACGAGUUCAUUCAACAGGUACGAAGACAUAAGAAUCAGUCUGGUUUGUGAUGGAGUCGGGGACCGUGGUGCGCGCUCUGUUCCAGUUCCGCCCCAGCGUCUGCGAGGAGCUGCCACUCUACAACGAGCGCACGAGAGGACGAGGGCAGUUUCCCAGCACGUUCGUGGAGGCCGUUACCAUUCCCAGCACAAAACAGGGCGAGAAACUCUACGUCUGCAUCAGUGACUUCAAUGCACUAGAUGUUGGCAAUCUUCCCAUUAAAACAGGUGAUGUGGUAGUUGUUGAUGGUUCUGUGGACAGUAAUUGGCUGAAAGGGAGAAGCAGCUGGGGGUCCAAGGGGAUAUUCCCUUUAUCCUGUGUCAGAGAGCUUCAUCUCUCCUCCAGGUCCCGCAAAAUGUCCAAGAGGUCCGUAUCGGAGCUCCCGAGUUACGCCUUGGGCCAAGCCAGAGCCUUGCUGGGCCUGUCCGCUCAGUUAGAGGAAGAACUGGACUUUGUUGAAGGGGAUAUCAUAACAAUAAUUGGAAUUCCUGAACCAGGCUGGUUCGAGGGAGAACUUGAGGGGAGGAGAGGGAUAUUUCCAGAGGGAUUCGUGGAGCUUUUGGGUCCUUUGCAAGUUGCGGAGGACCGAGCAUGCCAAGAUGACUAUGACAACUACAGCGAAAGCGAUGUGACCACUGAAGUAUCACUGGGCCCAGAGGAAGGUGCAGGAGUUUAUGGAGUGGCUCUCUAUCACUUUAAGUCCAUGGAACCAGAGGAAUUGGAUUUUGAUGUAGGAGAUAGAAUACAGAUAGUCCGCACUUUGGAAGACGGCUGGUUGGAAGGCAAGGUCAAUGGCCGUAGAGGAAUAUUUCCCCAUAGGUUUGUAAAGAUUGAAGUAGGAGACAUAGAGCAGGGACAUGGAGAACCCAGCAGCAGAAACAAAGGUGAUUAUGAAAUGUAUUAUAACAAUAAUAAUGUGUAUCACUGGAGCGGGCAGGAAGAGCAUACCCAUUUACGAGAUGUGGAUUUCUUCAAUGGACAGCCUGCCCAUGAUACCAGUACUGUCAUGGCAAAACCAAAACCUGUAUCCUCUAGCUCAAAAGCGGGUCAUGAAUUUCGUGGAAACCAGACACAAAGCAGUUCUGAGAUUAGUGGUAUAGAUAAGGGUGCUUUGGGCACAAAAUACAGUAGAGAAGAAACUGCCACUGACAGUUACAAAGAAAACUCAAGAACAAGUCUGAUUAGUCUUGUCUCUUCAAAACCUGUACUUCCUCCCAGACCAAGUCUCCAUUCUUUAAGUAAUAGAUUGUACUGCAAUGUAUCAGAUGUCUCAACAGGCCACACAGCUGACAAUACUGACACAGAGGUUCCGCCAACACCAGCUACCAGAACACUAAGCUUAGCAACAAACAAUGGAAGCAGAGAUUCAAAGGCUGAGAUGCACAGUUUGCAUUGCAGUUGGUCUAAAGACUGUGAACACCCCUCAGAUGGAAAGAAUACAGUUUUCCAAGAUUUGGCCAGUUUGGUUGAGCAUCCAAAACAGAAGAAGAAACCUCGUUUCGCCAGUGUGGGUGAUGAUGAUCUGUUACCUUGCAGAGGAAGCCACGAUCCGACAGCAGGUUCAGGAAAAACAGAAUCCAAUGGCUUACCCGGAUCGAUAACUUUGGAUAGCUUUGCAAAUUCAGCAGCAGACUUGGAUUCAAAACUCUCAGAACAGCUUGCCCAAUUUGAAAAAAGUUUACCAGGUGCUAUACACAAGGAAAUAUCCAGGCAUUUUUCCAUCCUGGACUACAGCAGUGAAAAUGAUAUCAUGCGGGGUUCCCCCAACUCCCUGGAUCAGCAGGAAGCCACUUCUUCAUUGGAGAGAAGAAAAGCAUUGAGACCUCCACCUCCCAGACCUCGCAUUCUCAAAUCCGCGGUGGCACAAGCAGCUGCAGCCGAUUCAGAGGAUGAGCCGCGUGCUCCUGGUGAAAGUGGACCUUCUCGGUCUUCCUUCUCCUUCAAACCAUCCAGGCCAGCACCUCUGCCUCCGCAGCUAACGUCCAGGAGGGAUGCUGCAUCUCCAAAGCCACCACAGCAAACGAACGUUUACCAGAACACUGGUUGUGACAACAGAGACGCUUUUUCGGAGAAUGAAGAGCUUCAGAAUCAAU